AAGCUUGGCGUGAAAAAAAAUCAGUAUUUUUUUAGAUCCCUUUGACGAACGAAACUCAUUCCACUCUACAUAAAAGCAGCGAGCAUGUCGUCGGCGGUGCUGAUCGCGGCCGGAGACGAGCACUGCGGCGGAGUGUGCCCCGACGUCGAGCAGUGCCGAGCAGCCCAACCGAGGAGACAGCGCAGCAAGAUCGCUAGGAAAUCCUGGCUGCUACGCGUGGUCUCGGUGGCGCGCGUCGCAGCCACGGCGUGCUCGUCUAGCCUGGCCAUCGUGGCCGUCGUCUGGAUCACCAACGUCGUGAGCAGCGCCAAGGACAGGACGGCCGUCGGGAGUUCUGUCGAUGAGCCGGACGACGACCCAUGGUCCAACUUGACUAUCGUAACGGAAGACGCUUGGGACACGGAGGACGCGCCACAUAUAUUCGACUUUCCAGUGGCCAAGAACGUCUCCAGCAUGGCAUCGAACGGAACUGAAUUAUUGUCCCUGGUCUUGCUACGGCAUUCAUUGACAAACACUACUGAUUCGUAGAGGAAAAUGGGCGACAAGGCGUCUUUUUCUAAUAAGUAUUCUUAACGUGGAUAUAUUUGAAUUACGAUGCGCAUUUAAUUUGAAAUAAAAAGGUUUAACAGUUUUCACUUCAACUCCGGUAGCCUACAGGGAGGAGUU